AUGUCAUACGAGGCCCAGGACCUGCUCUGGGUACUCUCAAAAGCAGGCCUCGUCUCCUCUCUGAAUGGUGUCAAGACUGCACCGGAGGUCAUGGAAAGCCCGCAAGCCCAGCUAUGCGAUUUCUGUUCAAGGUGGUUCUCGCAUAGAAAGCUUUUCCCUCUUAGCAUCGAUGACAUCCGAUACCAGCAAACGUUGCGACGACUGGAAGAAAUAAGAGACGAAACUCAGUGCCCCUUGUGCACAUUAAUCUUGUCAAGCUUGUCAACUGACCCACAAGUACUGGAACUCACUUGCGAAGUCCCAACCUAUGUUCAUUUUGAACCAUACAUUUAUGGCACAAUUGGAGCAGAGGCGUUCGGUGCUGAGAAGACGACAAUUGCUCGAAUCUGGUUCGCUCUCAUCGUAGGUAGAAACGACUGGAGUCAUGAUAGGGAUGGCACCAUAUACGGCCAUGGAGUCCAAGUCUCUGGCGAGCGCGUAGAGAGCAAGGACAAACAACUCCUUCUAGGACGAAAGAUUGGCUCGACGUGUGUUGAUCAAGCGCUGCUGCUAUCAUGGCUGUCGCUUUGUACGAAUCAACAUGGCCAUGACUGUACUCCCGCACCUUUUGGGUUCGACCCCGGCUUCGCGCUACGACUUAUUGACGUCAAGCGUCGCUGCGUUGUUGAUCCCCCUCCGCAUCCUAGAUACGUAGCGCUGAGCUAUGUCUGGGGUAAUUCGGUUCAAGUGACGCUGGAAGAGAAGCAUUAUCUAAGACUGCGAAAAGAAGGGGGUCUUUCUGAUGACUAUGCAGAUAUUGGCACCACAAUCAAAGACGCGAUGUAUCUCUGCGAACAACUUGGUGAACACUAUCUGUGGGUCGAUGGCUUAUGCAUAAAGCAGGACGACGAAGAGGACAGAGCCCGUCAAAUUUGUAGUAUGAACCAGAUCUACAGCUGUGCUGCUUUUACAAUAGUGGCUGCUGGCGGCGACAAUGCCUACGCCCCUCUUCCAGGCGUGCGCGAGAAUUCACGUUCGGUAAUUCAGCACGAAGCAGAGAUUCAAGGUCUGCACCUCAUGACCACCCAAAGGCCUUUUUUAGCCUCGGUCUCCAAGAGCAAGUGGAGCUCAAGGGGAUGGACAUUCCAAGAGAAGAUUCUGUCCAAGCGCCUCUUGAUAUUUACUCCCUACCAAACUUUUUUCCAAUGCGGUCAGGCUAUCUUCUAUGAGGACACUGUCCUGGAAAGAUCCUCACACAGUCCGGACGUUGACAUCAGCCAGGAAGAACGAAUGGAUCUUCGCCGCCAUCUCAGCAAACCUACUGCAGACAUGUGUCCGUUGCGCAAAUAUGGCACCUGUAUCCAGGGAUACGCAUGCAGAGACCUGACGAAACAAUACGACGGCUUGAACGCCUUUCAAGGUGUACUUAACAUACUCCGCCCAGAGUUCUCUGACGGUUUCCACUGGGGAUUGCCGGAAUCGAUGUUCGAUAUUGCGAUAACGUGGUUGUUCGGCAACCAUUACCCAGAGCGCAGACGGCAAGGGUUCCCGAGCUGGUCCUGGCUUGGUUGGCGAGAAGGUCCUAACAACAGUCUUUCCAGUCAUACUGGAGACACUCGGAGCAUAAUUCGAGAGAUACAAUGGUAUAAGAUCAACAAAGAUGGUGAAGCGAUUCACAUCAAGGCGCAGGAUACCGCGAAUGAGGAAGCAACCAGCCAUGAUGCCUCUGUGUCUGCUUUUAAGUGGAAACCGGACCAUGUGCCACCAGUCUCAUCCCUCCAUUCUCUGGAUCCACGGGGAGUUCCUUUCACUCACUUCAUUCGCUUCUGGUCCAGUGUUGCACGGUUGCAUGUGGACAGAGAGGGCGUCCGCGGGGAAAGUCGCUGGGGUAAUGAUCGACUCGUCAUCCGGACUUCUACCAGUGGACCCUCUGUAGGACUCAUCUACCUGCACAGCAAAUGGCGCCAAGCACGACCUGACAACCUUGACUUUGUGGUGCUUUGCCGGUAUUCCUCCUACAAACCGGGCAAAUAUAACUUGAAGUCUGGGCUGGUUGUUCUUCUCGUCGAGCUGGAAGCUCACAGCAGUGUUGCGCAUAGAGUACAGAGGGUCUUGGAGCCUGUUGACGAAGCUGUGUGGAUACUAGCCAAACCCAGGUGGAAGCUUAUCACUCUUGCCUGA